AUGGCCAUGACGCCUGGUGGCAAGACGGACCGCCGUCGCGCUGGCUCCAACUACUUCCAGCUGGACGCCGACCGCAAGCGGAACGAGUCGGCGAACCGCAGCCACUUGAACCACGGCGACGGCCGCGGCACGUUUGGCGACCGUCUCAGUAUGAUGAACGUGCUGCCGCCUAACACACAGGGAGGCCACGAAGGCCGCGGGGGCGGCGGGCUCGAAGGCGACUUUGCCGACGAAGUGUCGAUCGACUUUUGCUGCGAGGUGCUGUACAACAAGUUUGGCUUCCAGUCUGGCUCGGUGGACAACCAGCGAGAGCACGUGCUGCUGCUGCUGGCGAACGCCAAGGCGCGCUUGAAGCCGCAGGACGCGCCGGGCCACCACGUCGUGGCGCUGCACAAGAAGCUCAUGAGCAACUACAGCGAGUGGUGUGAGUUCCUUGGCGUGCCGAGUGCCACGUACACGGGCGAGCCGCAGGGCGAUCUCAAGAGCUCACUUCAUAUGGACAUUAUGCUCUUUCUGCUGCUCUGGGGCGAGGCUGCUAACUUGCGUCACAUGCCCGAGAGCUUGUGCUACCUCUACCACCAGUCGUUGACCAUGUUGAACCAGGACUUUUUGGGACAGCAAAAGGUGCCGGAAGGCUGGUACUUGCGGCAGGUUGUGCGCCCCAUCUGGAAAGAAGCGAGCAACAUGCAGCGGAAAAACAGUCUCGGGAAGAACUUGGAGCACACGGAAGUGCGCAACUACGACGACAUUAACGAAUACUUUUGGAAAAAGUAUUGCUUGAACAUUGACAUUACGCAGAUUGGAGCCGAGCUGACGAAGAAACACACCAAGACGUACUACGAGCACCGCAGUAUCUUUACACUCGUGCUGAAUUAUUACCGCAUUUUCCAGUUCAACAUGAUGUUCAUGAUGGUGCUCAUGGCCGUUGGCUUUAUCACAGCGAUCUCGCCCAGUGGCGGACAACAGUGGUUUGCUCAGUUCGAAUCCAUGGGUGAAGUCGUCAAGCCGUAUCGGCAGCAAGAUGUUAAGCUCACGUACGUGGGCAUUGUGUUUGCCCUGUCGUCCAUGGGCUUUUCAAAGACUGUUCUUGAAGCGUGCCAUGGCUGGCAAUUACUUACUGCUAGUGAGUCGUCUCAGACAUCGUCACGUUCGUUCAACUACGGUGGCGCCCUCGUAGUUCGAAUGCUCUGGAACGGCGCAUUUGCAGGCAUAUUUGGCCUGAUGAUCUACACCCCUCUUAUCACCAGCAAGAACACGGAGCUGCUGGACAUGGCUGCACCGGCGGCAGUUGCCUAUAUUUUACCGGGCGCGUUGAUCAUUAUCGUGCAAGCUUUUGCACCGUCGAUGAUUGCGAAAUCGUUCGCAGCCAAGUUCAUUCGCGAGGGCGAAUCUUGCUUCGUUGGACGCAACAUGGCGCCACCAUUACAGUACCAGAUCAAGUACAUCAUUUUUUGGCUAGUGCUCUGGUCGCUGAAGGCAUUCGUGUCGUACUUUAUUCUGGUCCGUCCGCUAGUUCUUCCGUCGCUCGCCAUCUACGAGAUGGAGCUUGAGUACGGUAGCGAUGUGGUGUCUUUCCACAACUUCGGUGUGAUUGCCGCGUUGUGGUUACCAGUGAUUUUCAUUUUCAACUACGAUACCCAGAUCUACUUUACCGUGUUCCAAGCUUCGCUUGGUGGCAUACAAGGUCUCAUCAUGAAGACCGGUGAGAUCCACGGCAUCAAGGAGAUUACCAAGGCUUUCCGCGUGGCUCCUCAGCUCUUCGAUCAGAAGGUAGUGACCAAUCUCGCUCGCUCGAACGACGCCGCUGCCGACGGCUCUGCUGCUGCAUACCAGUCACAGAUGAUGCUUCGAUUUGUGGUUGUCUGGAAUGAGAUUGUGAAUUCGUUCCGAGAGGGAGACCUUGUAGAUGAUAAAGAAGCUGCUAUAUUGCAGUACGACAUUCAGAGCUCCGGUGAUGUAUUCGAGCCUGUGUUCCUCUCCGCCGGUAAGCUCGUGGAGGCUCUAGACUACACCGUAAAGCUUGGUAAAGAAGGCAAAGGUGACUCGCAGCUGCAGGUGUACAUGGUACAAAAGGACUGCCUGUCGGCCGUGCGCAGCUUCUUCACCGCUAGCAUGUACGUGAUGGAGGCUCUUCUGGGAAGCGACGAUGCCGACAUUCUUGACGCACUUCGCCAGAUGGAGGCCAUUGCUGCGAACGGUAGCUUCAUGAGCACAUUUGACGCGAAAAGCUUGGUGCAGCUGCGUACGGUGUCGAUGGAAUUCCUGGAGGCUGUCAUGGAUCUUCCUGACCCAGAUGCUCAGUCUUCACACCUGACGACAUCUAGGGUGCACACUAUGGGUGUUGUUCGCAACUUUGUGACAAAGAUGGAGAAUUUGCUCAAUGCUGUUCGUAUCUUUGCGAACCGCCCUGAGCUUGCUGCCAAGUUCAGUAACUCCAGAUUUUGCACUAGUGCAAACGGCUAUGUGUUUGCUGCACGGGGUCUGGUAAACCUGUUUCACAACGACACUGCCAUGGGUGCUGCUACCCGUGCGUACUUGCUAAUGUCUCUUGAGAAGGCUGAUGCUAUGCCACGCGUUCCUGAAGCUCAGCGCCGUCUUGGUUUUUUCAUGAAGUCGCUAUUGAUGGACAUUCCCCAGCUUCCGUCGGUGAAAGAGAUGCAUUCGUUCUCUGUGGUUACACCAUAUUACAGUGAGAGCGUGUUGAUUUCUCUGUCGGAGUUGAAUGACCCGUUGGUCAAUCACCCGGUAUUUGAGAAGGUUGAGGAGAAAGGCAAGAACAUCACGAUUUUGAAAUACCUCAUUACUAUUCACCCUGAGGAAUGGGAGAACUUUUUGGAGCGUAUCGAUGUAAGUACUGCCGAGGAAGCGCAAGCAAACUACCCGCUAGAGAUUCGUUUGUGGGCUUCGUACCGUGGUCAGACGCUGGCGCGUACAGUCCAGGGCAUGAUGCUGUAUGAGGACGCGAUUAAGAUAUUGCACUGGCUGGAGAUUGGCUCAAGUCCUGGCAAGUCGGCUGAGCAAAAGCAGGCCCAGCUGGAAGAUAUGGUGCGCUUGAAGUUUUCAUACAUCUGUGCCUGCCAAGUGUACGGUAAGCAUCGGGCAGAGAAUAAAGCUCAGGCUGACGACAUUGACUAUCUGCUGAAGACAUACCCAAACUUGCGCGUGGCCUACGUCGAUACGAUCGUGCUCGAUCAAGGUAAGCAAUUCGACACUGUGCUGAUCAAGAGCGAAGGAAACGAAAUUGCAGAAGUUUAUCGUUACGAGCUGCCUGGUGACCCGAUUCUUGGCGAAGGUAAGCCUGAGAAUCAGAACAACGCGCUUCCGUUCACGCGUGGUGAGUAUCUUCAGACCAUCGAUAUGAACCAGCAGCACUACUUUGAGGAGUGUCUUAAAAUGCCGCAGCUUCUAGUGACGGCUGACCUGCAUCCUUCGAAGAAGCCGGUGUCAAUCAUUGGUAUGCGUGAGCACAUUUUCACGGGCAACGCGUCGUCGUUGUCAAAGUUCAAGUCGUGGCAAGAACUGGUGUUUGUGACGCUCUCUCAGCGCGUACUGGCCGAUCCACUGUACGUGCGUAUGCACUACGGUCACCCCGAUAUCUUUGACAAGGUUAUCGCGAUGCCUCGCGGCGGUGUGUCGAAGGCUAGUAAGGGCAUCAACUUGUCAGAGGAUGUGUUUGCUGGGUUCAAUUCAACGCUCCGUGGUGGUGUGGUGACGCACGUCGAGUUUAUGCAGUGUGGCAAGGGUCGUGAUGUGGCUCUUUCACAGAUUUCGAUGUUCGAGGGUAAGCUGGCAAAUGGUGCUGGUGAAACGUCUCUUGCUCGCGAAGCCCACCGCAUGGGCCAGUUUAUGGAUUUCUUCCGCUUGAACUCGAUGUACUACUCGCAUACCGGUUUCUACUUCGCUACGUGGAUGACAAUCGUAACAACUUUUGUGUACAUGUACUGUAAGGUGUACUUGGCCUUGGCUGGUGUGCAGCAACAGAUUGUGUACGACAUGAACUCAACAGCCGUGAUUACCGACAACAUUGAGAACAACUUUGACGUGCGAGUGUUUAAGGACUUGAAGUCUGUGCUGAACACUCAGUUCUACAUCCAAGCCGGUUUUUUUCUUAUGCUUCCGCUCAUGUGCGUGUAUUUCGGUGAAGGUGGUUUCGUGAGGGGUAUGACGCGUUUUGUGGACAUGAUCGUUACGCUCGGUCCCGCGUUCUUCGUGUUUCAAGUUGGUACGACGAUGCACUAUUUCGACAACAAUAUUGUGCACGGUGGUGCCAAGUACCAGGCGACAGGUCGUGGCUUCAAGAUUUCACGUGAAACGUUGGUGUUGUUGUAUAAGGCAUACGCUAGCUCACACUAUCGAAAAGCUUGGGAGCUAAUGGGUUUGUGUCUCGUGUACGGAGUGUUUGGUAACUUCUACAUUUGUCAAACCGAUGCGUCUGCAAACGAUAACACGUUUGCGUCGGACUACUGUGAGACUGCUCAGGCUUACGGUGUGCAGACGUUCUCAGUGUGGUUCAUAUCCAUUUUGUGGGUGAUCGGUCCGUUCCUGUUCAACAGUGACGGUCUUGAUUUAAAGAAGACAAAGGUCGAUGUUCGGCAAUGGUGCACAUGGAUGUUUGCUGAGGAGAGCUACAAGGACGAUGAUCCUGCGAACAAGGGUGGCUGGGUAGGCUGGUGGAAGGGAGACUUGGAACAACUACACAACUCGAAUAUGAUUUCGCGGGUCACUGUCAUCCUCCGCGAGUGCCGACACUUUCUGCUAAUGUUUUACGUGGCCACUUUGGAAACAGCCGACGUGAUGUACGUCGGGUACUCGUUUGGCGCAGCGGUAGUGACGGUCGUUCUUUUGGGUGUAUUUCAUGGUAUUGGAAAGAGCUUGCGGUCCAUGAACCCAGUCGCUCGCGCCGUGCUCUACUUUGCCACAAUGGUCAUCAUGAACGCCAUUUACUUUCUGGCGACCUCGAUCAUCAUAGGCUGGAACUUCCAAUACGCAGUGUCGUUAUGGUUCGCGUAUGUGGCUGCUCUUUAUGGUAUUAACGAAUGCUUUCGCAUGUGGAGUUUUCCGGGCUCAUCGAUUGCUGGCGUUUCGGUUUUCCAGCAGCUGCAAUUCUUGUUCGACUUCGUUUUCUGCACUGGCAUGAUAAUCCCUCUGGUAGUCAUGUCGUGUGUACCGUUCUUGAACGUUAUCCAGACACGAAUGAUGUACAAUGAGGGUUUUUCGAAGGUUAUGUCCGCGUCGUCGCAGUACGCCUUCUCGCUAGCGGCCUUUAUGGGCGUUUUGGGUGGCACCGGCGUCGGUUGGCUCUUUAACCUGCUGUCGACGCUGGAGCAGUCCGCCAGUUUUGCAAGUUACGUUGUGACGUAUGAUGGCGUGCUCAGUGGUGAUGUCGGUGACGGUACGACCACAUACAUGCUGUACGUGUCAUGUAUGGUGGGUACGAUUAUCGCUGGUUUCUUGAACUUUUUCCUCGGCCGUCGUCUAUCUAUCGUUGCUGGUGGUCUCUUCAGUACGCUAGGUAUGGUAGCGGUGAGUGCUAACGACGACCUCCGAUCGACUUUACUAAUGCCUGGUAUUGGCUUGCUCGGUGCUUCGUGCGGCAUCCUGCUACCGUCUUUAGCCAUCUACAUCUUUGAGAUUUCCACGAAAGAAAUGCGUGGCAAAGCCAUUUUGCUGCUGGGCUUGGGCUUCGUAGCUGGCAGCUUGAUGGGAGGGAUUUUUGCGACCGUAAACCAGUUGGGAUGGAUUUGGCAAACAUUCGCGGCUUGUAUCAUCAUUGCGCUGGUCACACCGGUGGUGAAUGUGUUUCCUGAGAGUCCAUACUGGGUACUGGAUCGCAAGGGCUGGGACGCGUGCGAAGCGUGUUUGGUGAUUUUGCGACGUAAGCCUGAUGUGCAAGACGAGCUUAAGAUUAUGCGUGAAGAGGAGACUUCCGACGACAGUGGCGCAGGCUUCUUUAAGUUCCUGAUCGGUCUAAUGCUGAUGCUGGUGUCGUCACUGACCACGGGCUUUCUCAAUGCCUUCGUCAGCUACAAGGCAGCUAGCGAGUACACUGACCAGGACCAGCUGUUCGUAAGCGGUAUGGCACUACAGACCUCGGGCGUUGUCAUCGCCUUCUUUUUCAUCGACAAGCUGGAUCACAAGUCUAUUUUGUUUGGAACGCUCAUUCCAGUGGCCAUUUGCGCAGCUCUAUUAGGUUUCAAUGAGACGUCUGACUUUCUCGGCGAUCCAGGGGGUUCAGGCCUGUACGUCAGCCUGGUGGUUAUGCUCAUGUACUUUUUCCUGGGACUGGGUACGAGCUCAGCGCCGUGGUCGACCUGUGUUGCCAUGUUCAACACCCGCGGCCGCGCUUCGUCGACCACGACGCUGUUUGCGAUCUUCUUCUUGGCGGAUCUGGGCUACGUCUAUUUGCACACUGAAGAGUCGCUCAUGUCGAAAGAACACCUGUACCUGUACGCCAUCGCAGGAUUCAGCAUCGUUUCACUGGUGCUGCUGCUGGGUGCAGGUACCAAGAAGAACGGCAUCAUCUGCACAAAGACUGAAGCCAAGCGCGACCGUGAUCGCGUCGCCCGCAUGCGUGCCGAGCGUGCUAGUCGCACUACGCGCACCCUUGGUAAUGCUCGCCAGCGAAACCUCAGCCGUGUACGGUCCAAGUCCAACGCAGGUAAUCAGCGGGGAAAUACUCCAGCCGGUGGCUACCAGAUGUACGAAACGCCCGCUAAUGCCGCGCCGCCACUUAUGCACGCGCGCGCGUAG